AUGGAUGGACCCCAUCCUCCAAUUUUUGCAGAACCAGACGCUACCCAAUAUCUGAUCAUUAAUGGCGCCCUGUACAAGCGCGGAUUCAGCUUACCCUACCUUCUAUGCCUGACCCUAGAGGAAGGCCACUAUGUCCUCUGGGAAAUCCACGAAGGCAUCUGUGGUAGUCAUUCAGGCGCCCGCUCACUAGCGCAUAAGGCCAUUAGGCAAGGAUACUUCUGGCCCUCACUUCACACUGAUGCCCAAGCCUUCACCCAGAGGUGCGACAAGUGUCAGCGGUUUGCCAGUAUCCCUCAACUCCCAGCUGAACCUUUAACAGCCAUGGUUAGUCCUUGGCCAUUCGCCCAGUGGGGACUUGACCUCAUUGGACCCAUGCCUGAGGGCAAGGGCCAGGUCAAGUACGUAGUCGUGGCCGUCGACUACUUCACUAAGUGGGCUGAAGCUGAGGCCCAGGCCACCAUCACUACGGCUCGCAUUGAGGCGUUCGUUUGGCAAAAUAUCGUGUGCCGCUUCGGCAUCCCCAACGCCAUCGUCACGGACAACGGCCGACAAUUUGACAAUGCAAAAUUUAGGCAGUUUUGUUCCAACCUCAAGAUAAAACUUUGCUUCGCUUCUCCAGCCCAUCCUCAGUCCAAUGGCCAAGUCGAAGCCGUGAACAAAAUUAUCAAGAAGACCCUAAAGACCAAGCUUGACAAAGCCAAGGCAGUGGCACCAGUGGAGAUUGGCCAGCCAACAUAUCGAACCUCCACUUACGAGGUCGAGGCCAAUAACAAGCAGUUGGCCCUCAACCUCGACUUCAUUGACGAGCUUCGUGACCAGUCCAACAUGCGCAACGUCGCAUACAAGCAGCGUAUUGCCAAGUACUACAACUCCAGAGUUAAACCUUGA